GCUGCGUACCGGCCAGUCACGUGACCGUGCCAGCGGCUCCGUUCUGUGCGCAUUGUCUCUCGUCAUCUUGGCGCACCACCCUGGUUUGGGCAGGGAAACCUUCUCUCAUCACCGCAAUCUCAGUAACGAGGGUGAUUGUAUCAAAGGAUGGGGAACAGGGACGAUGAAUAUGACUUCUUGUUUAAAGUUGUACUAAUCGGAGACUCUGGAGUGGGGAAAAGUAACCUGCUGUCCCGUUUCACAAGAAAUGAGUUCAAUCUGGAGAGCAAGAGCACCAUCGGGGUGGAGUUUGCCACCCGAAGCAUCCAGGUGGACGGCAAGACGAUAAAAGCUCAGAUCUGGGACACAGCUGGUCAGGAGCGCUACAGAGCGAUCACCUCAGCGUAUUAUCGGGGUGCAGUUGGCGCUCUCCUAGUCUACGAUAUCGCCAAGCACCUGACAUAUGAGAACGUUGAGCGCUGGCUGAAAGAGCUGAGGGACCACGCUGACAACAACAUCGUCAUCAUGCUGGUGGGAAACAAGAGCGACCUCCGACACCUCAGGGCUGUGCCCACUGAUGAAGCCCGAGCAUUUGCAGAAAAGAACACACUCUCGUUUAUUGAGACGUCAGCGUUGGACUCCACAAAUGUAGAAGAGGCAUUCAAGAACAUCUUAACAGAAAUCUACCGCAUUGUGUCACAGAAGCAGAUAGCAGACAGAUCUGCGCACGACGAGUCUCCAGGCAACAAUGUCGUCGAUAUCAGUGUCCCACCGACCACUGACGGGCAGAAGGGCAACAAACUCCAGUGCUGCCAGAGCCUGUGACGCUCGGUUUAAUGACACUCAUCCCCUCCUCUACAUUCACCUCGACAUCACAUCACCUGUGCACUUUUUCUCCCCGUAGCUCUGCUCACGGCCAACUCCCUCACUACUUUAACCUCGCUCCUUUUUUUUUUUUUUUAUACCUUCUGUUUUAUAAAGUACUUUUGAAGUCACUCGUGCUCUUUUCUUCUGCCAUGAAAGAAACAUUUCAGAAGCCUUUAUGUGACUCAGUCUGUGUGAAGGUACCUGUUAUGCAGGAGCAAGGCAGUCGCUGCUGUCUUACUGAAGCCUGUGAAGUUGUUUGAACUGAAACACUGUCCUGUAAAGGGAGGUUGUGAGAUACAUUUCAGUGGGUACCACUAAAUGGUGUUGUGUAAAUAAACUACAGUUACUCCAA